CGCAAGGAAGAAGAAGAAGAAUCCGUUGCCGUUUCACAUAAAGUGAUAAUCGUUGAAAACAUUUACUUUUUUAAAGUCCCGCGGGCCAAGUGCACCGAAAAUGGGAAUUUCCGUUCAACAUGCGUCGCUGGAUUUGGAGUUGCCGUCGCUGGGCAGGAACCGCUCGGAAUUGCGCUGCUACACCUGCGGUCAAUAUUCGCCGUUUUUGAUUUAUUUGAGCUACAACGAAAAGGCCGUCAAGUUCUGCCGGGAAGCAAAGCACAUCCAGAUGUUCUGCCCGAUAUGUUCCCCGAAUCCCGAUCUGUACAAACGGUUCCACACCGGAGAGGAUCUGUUCCGCGCGGACAGCAUUUUGAACGACCAACGGCUGCUCAAUUUGCUGGCGGAAUAUGUUUCCGAGGAAGACAAAUACGCCUGCGAGGACAAGAUCAUCAUCACGGAAAACACCCAGUUAUGUUCCCCCUACAAGGCGGUGGCCAAACGGUCGGCACCCAAAUCCCACAAACUGAAGCAACUGAUGGAUUUAUUUCCGGAGGCACACCGGAUGCGAAACGAACACUUCGUCGACCGGGAAGAUCUUUGCGAGGGCAUGAAGCGAAAGUAUCACGACAUCUGCGUCAGCUAUAUGGACAUCUCGGAAGCGGGGGGCAGUCAGCUGAUCGACAACUUUGACAUUAUGAUCGAUAAAACGCCGAUGGUGAUGGGACCGAGCAGACACAGUAGAAUUCCCGCCAUCACCGUUACGGGAGCACGCUCCGGUCCGGAUGUGGUGCUGAGCGAUUCCGAUCGGGAGAUUCGUGCUGUCGGUGAUUCGUCGGACGAUGAAAUCGAGGUCGCUUCCUUGGCCUCGGGGAGAAGCGCAUCCGGAAGCAAUAUCACCGUGCUGAACGAGGUUGAAAUCUCCUCAGAGGAACCUGUCGGCAACUGGGACAUCCAACUGUCCUCUCAGUCCCAGUCCCAGAAUGUCAGCCGCCAGGCGUCGCAAAUAACACUCGCCGGCCAGUCCUUAUCGCAGUCGCAAUCGGUGGACAUAAGCUCCCAAUCGGUGGCCGGUGGUGCCAAACAGUCGCAAAUUUCGUACGGUUCGGAAAGUUCGGAAAGUUCGGACAGUUGCAUCAUAGAUUUUCCCCCCAGUCGACGGCGGCCACCUUCGGCCGACGAUGGGCAACAACCGGGCCCGAGCAACGUCAAGCGCCGCAGAGUGAGCCCUCGCGGAAACCGACCUAUGAAUCCAACGCCGGAAGAGAUACAGGAAAAUCCUCGGAUGGGUGGCCGGAUUCCACGGCUUGGCGGAGGUUAACUAAGUGUGUUCCUUGGACCGUUAUGUCCCUGUAUUUACAUCAAUGUGUCAUAUUUGCAAAUAAUGGUUCUUAUUUAUGAACGUAGUUUGUAUGGCCAAAUCGGCAGAUGAGGUCUUUUUUGAAUCGACUGAUUUUUUUUAUCUUCA